GAUUAUCAACAUUUCACACAAUUUUACUUGCUUUCUGCUUCAAAAGAACCUUCAGUAGACUAUUACAUGUAUAAUAAGACCUACUUCAAGUGUCAGAAUUAGAUGAAUAGGAAAGAAUUGAUUCUAUCUGUAAGGUAUUCUGACUGUUUGAGGUGAACCUCAAUACCUACUUCUGUUCAUUUCUGUUAAAGUGAAACAAAAUGAAAACAAACUAACCGUAGACAACAUUUUUGUUUUGGUGAGUGCCCAUGAGAGUUGCUGUUUUUAAAUAAAAUGAAGAAAACUGCCCCAAUUCACCAUGAAGCCGAAUCUUCAACAAACUUUAUUUCAGGAUCAGUUGCAGGAAUUAUGGAAAACUGUUUUUUCUAUCCAUUGGACACUGUCAAGACAAGGAUGCAGAUCCUGUCCCCCAAUUCGUCAGAGACGUACAACAGCAUUGGUCGCUCGCUGUACCAGCUGGUGAAGGAGGGGGGUCUGAGGGCUCCCUAUCGCGGAGUCGGCAUAAUGCUGAUUGGCUGCGGCCCGGCGCACGGCUCCUACUUCUGGACGUACGAGUUUCUCAAAACGCACGCCAUGAAACGCUCUGAUGGACAGUUUGUUUAUGGAAUUUGCGGAGCUGUUGCAACUCUUGUCCAUGACUCGAUUAUGGUACCAUGUGACACUAUUAAACAACGUCGGCAAAUGCAGAACAGCCGUUAUCGCUCCAAUUGGCAUUGCAUCACUAGUAUGCUAAGGGAGGAAGGAGUGAGAGCGUUCUACCGAUCUUACACUACUCAGAUGACUAUGAACGUGCCCUACCAGGCGAUCCAGUUCACAGUGUACGAGCUGUGUAGCGCCGCUCUGGUGACGGCCUAUAACAGCAACGAGUACAGCCUAAUAAGUCACGUGGGCUCAGGGGCGCUCGCUGGCGGGGUGGCCGGUUUUGUAACUACGCCACUAGAUGUCUGCAAAACGCUGCUCAAUACUCAACAUCAUAAGGACCGCGUGAUUGGUUUGAGAAACAGCGUGAAAACAGUGUACCGAAUAGCAGGACCACGUGGAUUCUUCCAGGGUGCCACGGCUCGAACUACUUAUAUGAUGGCUUCAGCUGCAAUUUGCUGGGGAACCUAUGAGAGUAUGAAGUAUCUACUCAGAUAAACUAUGAUUAAACAUGUAAAACCAUAGAUAAAAGAUAGCAUAUGAAGAUAUCCCAUGGUAUUGGGCGUUUAUGUUCCAAAUUACACUGUUAACUCAAGCCGAUAGUCAUGGUAUUUAUUUUUUGUGAAGCUAUGUGACGCUGGUAGUCUCUCAUACUGUGCCGUUCUUACACUCUCACCCCAACAGACAACAGUGAUAAUAGGCAGUAGUUGACAGUAACAAAAUAAUAGGCUUGAAAUUUGGAACAUAAACUACCUAUACUAUGGAAUAUCUUCUUAUGCUAUCUUUUCUCUAUGGUAGAACUGAAUGGUAUUGUGCCAAAAAUACUUGUAAAUAUUCAAACAUUGAUUUUACUUAUGUGAACCACGAAUGUAAAUGAAAUAUAGAUGUUAUUAAGUCAAAAAUGCCAUGUGAAUAUUUAAGAAAUAAAGGUCCGGUUACACAAUAGUCUGUUAAGUUCUCUGAUGAUUUAAUCAUCUCAGAACUAAUAGCAGGCAAAAGUAUUUUAAGUUUUAAUCAUCAUUUAAUUAUGAUUAAAUGCCAAUAGCAGAGAAGGCUUUUUCGAAAAAAGGCUUCUCUGAUUGGCUCUCGGGCUCUCGUGGAAUUUAAUCACUAUUAAAAUUCAACUGGCUUUUGUGCAACCGGAACAAACAUAUUUUAUAGAAAACACUGUGUUAUGUGAUUCAUUUUCAUAGUGAAUUUAGAUAAGUUUAAGAACUUCUCCUUAAUACGAAGAAUGCCUGAUUUUUCAUGUACUUAGGGCCAAUCCACACAAAGCGUGGUGUUUUCAGUGGAAUCGGCAGGGCAGGAAGCUCCCUGGUUGGGUGAUUGGGUUGGCGUUCGGGAAACAGCUGAUAAUCAGCCAAUGAGAGAGCUCCCUGCCCUGCCGACUCAUUUGAAAACGCUUUGUGUGGUUUUUCCGUUAUUGCUCGGCUAGAGAUUCUCUUAAAACGUCAGGUAUAAACAAAUCCUUGUAAAUAAUAUCUAUGCUUC